AUGAUUUCAGUGAUUAUCGGUAAAGGUUCUACUUGAGUGAUUGUGAAAGGUUUUGACAGCCUGAAACUAUUUGACUAAACUAGUUUUUCUUUGCCAUUAAAUUACGGGUUGUUGAGACAUGAAGAAGUUAGACACGAAAGGCCGACAGUAAUCACACUAUCGCAAACAUUACAAAUCGUCUCUUUUUUUGAAAAUGUCCGAAAUCAGCUGAUUGUUCAUGUCCAUGAUGUCCUUAUAAGUAAUAUCACAGGGACUGCUAUCCUUGAUAGCCUGCCAUUCUGCCUCUGACCAAUUGUAAAAAGUUUCUAUUUGCGCUGGCAAUACAAAUUUCAGGAUCAGGAAGAUCUUGAACUGGUUCAUCAAAAACUGUAAAAAAACAAGUGAAAAAAAUUACUUCUUAAAUCUCACAUUCAUCUUCCCUAGCAUCAUAUUGAAUCUCUUCGUAGUCUUCAACAAAAGAAACGUUCACAAGAUCCUCAUUUCUUUCUGUUUGUCUUUUAGAAUUUGGAAAUUCCGCUGUAAAAAUCAAAUGAAAACUACGUUCAUUAUUGUCGCAAAUUCACGGCAACUCUGGCAGGCCGGGUUGCAAGUGCAAACUAUGUGGCAUUCACAGUCCGGACAGUAAUACGGUCUACGUCUUUUGCCUCUUUGUGUCCGCCUUUCCAUUGCUACAGCGCGCUGGAUACACUAAUUUAUGUUUUCUUCAUGCAGAGAAAAUUUUAAUAAAAAGAAUAAAAACUCACCCAAACAGCCUACUGAAGGUCGCCCUCGAAGUAUUUAUGUUGCUUUUGACACCAAACUGAAAAAAGUCAAUUUAAUAAAAAAUUUUUCCAUUUUAUCAAAAAUCAUCGGAAAGAAUAGAUCACAGGAAGCAGUUAAAAUGCAUCAACGACUCAUUCUUAUAAGAUUAGUAUACUAAUCGAAAAGCUCAACAAAAAAAAAAUGAGGCUAUUUGAAAAAAACGCGCUCGUCGUAGCCUCAAAUUUCGAAAACACGGAGAUUUUUCAUUUCGCCGAAACUACAUUGAGCGCGGCACUGUCUAUGCAACAAAAAUUUUUAAAAAUACGGUAACAAAAAGAAACGCAUAAUAAUUUGAAAAAAAUGCACAGAAACAGUAUAUUUUUGAGAUAAAGUAAAAAUAGUCCUGAAUUGGUGUUCGAAUGUGAGUAAUAAACACUAAUGCAUAACCAUCGAAAUUCAAUAAAAUAACUGCAAAUAAUGAAAAUGGAAUAAAUAACAUUUCAAAUGUGACUAGAAUUUAAAAAAAAUGUAUAAAAUUUAAAAAUUGCAAUUUAAUUGAACACGAUGGCGGACGAUAUAUUGGCGAGACCGCAAACAUCUCGCAAAAAUCUCGCGCGAGACCUUGACGAGAAGUUUGCGAGAUAGCGUCGAGCUGUCUUGUCGCGACCUCGCAUUUCUCUCGCGCCAGUCUCGGCAGUUAUCUUUAGUGUAGUGAAAGAUUUAGAUAGAAAUCGUGCAAAUUUUUUCAAGGAAAUAAUAAAAUUUCCCUUUUUUCUUGAGUAAUAUGAUGAAAUUUAAUUUUUUUUCACAUUCAGAAAAUAAGUACUUCUUUGAAUAAGUAGAAAAUUAAACAACGAAUUUUCAGCCCCAUAUGGAGUUCGCGAAAAAGCGCGGAAGCUCGGCAAAAAGGAGCAAAAAUCGGAAAAAGAUGAAGCCGUCAAUGAUUUGUUGGUUAUAACUCAUUUUACUGUUUCAAGAAAGGAAUAUAGUUAAAUUUUAUUUUUCAUAAUGAGUUUCAUCUCUUGAUCUCUUCUUUCUGAAAAAAAAAAUUAAUAAAUUCGGUCUGCCUUGAUUUUGAAAAAGAUGGUCGCAUUUGGAAUGGAUCAGGCGUCGAUUUUAAGGUUGCGCCCGACCUGAAACUACUUGCGCCCUGGGACAAUAGGAUAAUGAUUUUUUUUUUUUCAAAUGAAAGGGGCAGAAUUCGGAAUGAUAACAGUGUGAUUACUCAGAUUUUCACGAAGUUUUGAGAUUUUUAGCGCAAAUUUAGGUCCUUUUUUAAAAUCUGAGUUUUUUCGAAUUUUCGAGAGUCUGGAUUUUUUUUUUUCGGUGUGUCCAUAAAGUUGUAAUCGCGAUGAAAAACUGGGUGAAACGGAUUUUUAAUCAAAAUAAACCUCGUUUUUAGCUUUCCAAAUUCUUUUAAUACGAUUAUUUUACCGCGACGCUGAUCCAGCCAUUCCAAGUGCGAUCUUUUUUAGGUAAAUUUUGUCAAUUUUGGUCUAUGAAGUUAGAAUAGUAAUAAAAACUGGGUCAAAUGGCUUUUAAUCAAAGAAAAAACCUCAUUUUUCACUACUACUACGCUUUCCACUCUGAUUUGGACCGCAUCGCGACCGCGACGCCGAUCUAGCCAUUCCCAAUGCGACCAUUUUUUGGUUAUUUUUGUCUGUAAAGUGAAAGUCGCGAUGAAAACGGGGUCUAAGGGCUUUUUUAAGCCAAGAAAAAGACCUGUGAUGUUAAAUGCACCGCGACCGCGACGCCGAUCUAGCCAUUCCCAGUGCGAACAUUUUUAGGUGAUUUUUGUCUAUAAAGGUCGCAUGAAAAUUGGGCCAAAUUGGUUUUUAAUCAAAAUGAACCUCGUUUUUACCUGUCCAAAUGUUUUUUAGCGAUUUUUUUUUACCGCGACGCUGACCUAGCCAUUCCAAAUGCGACCAUUUUUUAGGUAAUUUUUGUCAAUUUUGGUCUAUGAAGUUAGAAUCGUAAUGAAAAAGUGGGUCAAAUAGCUUUUUGAUGCGAAAAAUAAUCUUUUUACAUUGUGAUCUUAACCGCAACGCGACCGCGACGCCGAUCUAGCCAUUCCCAGUGCGAGCAUUUUUAGGUGAUUUUUGUCAAUUCGCAAUGAGAACGGAGUCAAAUGGCUUUUUAAUGGAAAAAGAAACUUGAUUUUUCACUACCCUAAUACCUUUUUUGCAAUGAUUUUAACCGCGACACGGAUCUAGGCAUUCCAAGUGCGACCACUUUUUGGUCAUUUUUGUCAAUUCGCGAUGAAAACGGGGUCAUACGGCUUUUUUUUUAUCAAAAUAAAUCUCGUUUUUUAUUGUCCGAAUGCUUUUUUAGAAUUAGUUAACCACAACGCGACCACGGGGGCGAUUUAGCCAUUCCAAAUGCGACCAUUUUAUGCUGGUUUUUGUCAAUUUUUUGUCUAUAAAGUUAGAAUCGCAGGGAAAACGGAGUCAAAUGGCUUUUUGGACGUAAUUUUUCACAACCCUAAUAUCUUUUUUGCAAUGAUUUUAACCGCGACACUGAUCUAGCCAUUCAAAGUGCGACCUUUUUCUCAAAUCGACACGAAAAUAUCAAUUUUUACAGUCAGAGGUACCCGGAAAAGCAGGUUUACCACUUGGAAGACACCUAUACCGAUUUAUUGGACCUUGCCGCCGAUAUUUGUACCAUCAAUGGACGGGUUUCCUUCUGGUACCCGGUGAUUCUUGAAAAGUUUGAAAGAAAUCACUUUCCAAAAAAUCAGAAUUAUUUUUUCAGUUAUUCCGAAGAAAAUUUGCCCCGGCACCCGGCUUUGCAGUUGAUUUACAACUGUGAACAGGGCUUGACGAGGAAAUCGAGCCGGUUUUUCGAAUAAAUUGAAAGAAAAUCAUGGAAAUCUCCUUUUUCAGAAGGCUCCUCACUUAUCGGAAGAUCAGGGAGCCCGAAAUUGGAGAAACUGCCAAAAUUCCACUUUCUGGCGUCAGUUUAUACCGAAAUGCCCUGUUUUCCAGCUGA